UCGCCGCCGCCGCCGUCGUCCGGGCUGCCGGCCGCCCACGCGCCGCCUCGGCCGGGGCCCGCAGCCAUGGAGGACUUCAUCGUGAUCUCGGACGAUAGCGGCUCCGAGAGCUCCGGGGGAGCCCGCUCGGGCAGGGCGCGGAGGCUCCGCCGGGCCCUGUCCCGAACCCCCGGCGCUCUGCCCCGCCGGACCGUGGACUUCAUUGACUUAACUAGAGAAACCAGACCAAGGGCAAAGGAUCGCAAUGGACUCUGUGUGAUUGACCUGACAGGAACUGAGGAAGAAAAUAGACCCAUUGCCACUCUUGACUUGACUCUAGAACCUGUUGCUCCUUCUCAGAAGGAGCCAACCAGUCUUCAGACAUGUGCCAGCCUCUCCAGCAAAGAGAUGAUGGAAGGGCGGGUAGACAGAAGCUCUCGGCCUGCAGCACGGAGAAUCAUUAACAGCGAUCCUGUGGAUUUGGACCUUUUGGAAGAAACCACAUUUGAGGGUCCACAACCUCCUACAUCUGUCAGUGGGGACUCUGUGUAUCCAGCAGAGCCAAAUUGUAGUUCAACUGCAUUCAAAGGUGACCUUGGCUUCUUGGCAAGCCUACAGCUAUCUUCAGAUGUUCACUCCCAUUCCCCCUCCAGCAAUAAUGGUGGCAGCAGCAAUCAGAGGGCACCCCUACCACCCCCACAGCAAGAUGUGCCUUGCCCACCACAAGCCUUGCCAUGCCCACUGCGAGCCUUGCCAUGCCCACUGCAAGCCUCACCCUGUCCACCACGAGCCUCUUCGUGCCCGCCACGAGCCUUGUCAUGCCCACCACAAACCAUGCAGUGCCAACUACAAGCUCUGCCUCACCCACCUCAAGAAGUUCCAUGCCCUCCUCAAGAGAUGUCAUGUCCUCAGCAAAAUGUGCCAAGCUCACCUCAAGACUCAUCAUGGCAACCUCAGUACUCACCCAGCCCACCUCAAGACUCACUGUGCCCACCUCAAGAUGUGCCAGGCCCACCUCAAAACAUGUCAUAUCAACAAGAUGUGGCACACUUAUGGGAUAUGCCACAGUCACUGGGAGAUGUGCCACAGUCACCAGAAGAUGUAUCACAGUCACCAAGACAUGUGCCACAGUUGCCAGCAGAUAUUCCACAGUCGCCAGCAGACAUGCCACAGUCGCCAGGAGAUGCCCCACAGUCACCAGAAAGCAUGCCCCAUUCACCUGGAGAAGUCCCCCACUUCCCAGGAGAUCUGCUCCCUUCAACUGGACACAUGGCUUGCUUGCAAGGGGACACGACCCACUCACUUGGAGACUUGCCUUACUUGCGACAAGACUGGCCUGACCCUCCCCAAAAUGAAAUAAAGAACCAUGACACCCCUAUGGAUGUCUCCACUUCAUCUUCCCCAAGGUCCUCUCCCAGUCCACAGUCUCCCCAGUUUGAAACUUCCUUAGAGAAAGUUCCUUGGCUCUCUGUUACAGAAAAUCUAGCCAGAAAAGAGAGAUCACUGUCAGAGCCUGCUAACCUCGAGUGUGCCCAGGUACAAGCACGAACACCACAAAGUGGGUUAUACACUAGACCGUGCCUGCACAGACUGAAGUACUUCUUACGACCUCCAGUGCAUCACCUCUUCUUCCAGACACUAAUACCAGAUAAAGACACAAGAGAGAGUAAGGGUCAAAAACUAGAACCCAUUCCUCAUCGAAGACUAAGAAUGGUAACAAACACCAUUGAAGAAAAUUUUCCCCUGGGGACUGUGCAGUUUUUAAUGGACUUUGUGUCACCCCAGCAUUACCCACCCAGAGAAAUUGUGGCUCAUAUCAUCCAGAAAAUCCUGCUCAGUGGCUCUGAGACCGUGGAUGUACUGAAGGAGGCCUAUAUGCUUCUCAUGAAAAUUCAACAGCUACAUCCAGCUAAUGCCAAGACAGUGGAGUGGGACUGGAAGCUGCUCACUUAUGUCAUGGAGGAAGAGGGACAAAAUCUGCCUGGGCGAGUCCUCUUUCUGCGUUAUGUGGUACAGACCCUGGAAGAUGACUUCCAGCAGAUCCUGAGGAGGCAACGACAGCACCUGCAGCAGUCCAUUGCAAGCACUGUGCUGUCCUGUGACAAGCAGCCCCACAAUGUCAGGGAUGUUAUCAAGUGGUUGGUCAAAGUAGUGACUGAAGACGGAUUAACUCAGCCCACAAGUGGGAAUCAGACCUCUCCAGGAACAGGAAUCUUGAAGGCCACCAGUAGCCAUCCUUCACCCCAGCCUAACCUGACAAAGAACACCAAUCAGCUGAUUGUGUGUCAGCUGCAGAGGAUGCUGUCCAUCGCCGUAGAGGUGGACAGGACCCCCACCUGCAGCUCCAAUAAAAUUGCUGAGAUGAUGUUUGGGUUUGUGCUGGACAUUCCUGAGAGGAGUCAGAGGGAGAUGUUCUUUACUACGAUGGAAAGCCACCUUCUGCGCUGCAAAGUGUUAGAAAUCAUAUUCCUUCACAGCUGCGAGACUCCCACCCGCCUGCCCUUGUCUCUGGCCCAGGCCCUCUACUUUCUGAACAAUUCCACAUCGCUGCUCAAGUGCCAGUCGGAUAAAACCCAGUGGCAGACAUGGGAUGAACUGGUUGAGCAUCUGCAGUUUCUGUUAUCCAGUUAUCAACACGUUCUAAGAGAGCACUUACGGAGUUCUGUGAUUGACCGAAAAGACUUAAUCAUCAAAAGGAUUAAGCCCAAGCCCCAGCAAGGGGAUGACAUCACAGUGGUGGAUGUGGAGAAGCAGAUCGAGGCUUUCCGCAGCCGCCUGGUCCAGAUGCUGGGGGAGCCGCUCGUCCCGCAGCUCCAAGACAAGGUGCACUUGUUGAAGCUCCUGCUCUUCUAUGCUGCCGACCUGAACCCCGAUGCAGAGCCUUCUCCAAAGAACUGGAGCAGCCCCUGAGGUCCUUCUAAGCACUGAACACCAAGAAUACCUCCUGAACUCUAUCUCCAACUACUUGGAAGUUCUAAAAGUAUCUGAAGUAGUUAAAAAUCUUAUAGGACCAAACCUAUCUUAUUUAUCUAUAGGUUAAAAUGGACUUUCUCUUUAGUAAAUAUCUUUUUUUGAUAUUCUAGCCUGUUCUCAAAUAUGGCUUAAAUAUACAAGGUGUAUAUAUUUUUUAAUAAAUUAUUUAUACCUUUUUUGAAACAGGUAAUACUAUAUGCACUAUGUGUUUAACAUUUCCAUUCAGUAUGUGAAAAAAGCCCUCUGCUGAACAAAUUCUGGACAUCAAUGUAUGUCAUUCAAGGUACUGUUAACCUGUUUCGAAAGAGAAAGAUAUACUCAUUUCUCCCUGAUGGAACACAAACAUCCUAUUUUAGAGCUGUUAUGUUGCCUAUGAAUUUGACUUUGUGGCCAGUCUGUUAAGAUCUAAUGUAAUGGGGGGAGGGGGAGGUGGAAACAAAUGUGUCACAAAUAAUUUGAUGUUAAAUGGAUACAAUAAAAAGGCAAUGGUUUUUCAAAAUACCAAGUU